AUGCCCUCACAAUCAGUGAACAUCAGUCAAAUUACAAUUUCAGAACUCAACAACGCUGUCCUCAACUUCAAUCGUCCAAUGCCCUCCUCAUCAUCGUGUUCUCCCGUCUUGUCUUCACUCUCACUACCGACUUCAACCCAAUCUCGUUCAAUGUCCGCCGAACAGGCUCGUGAGCUUCUGACUAUGAGUACACCAAUUCCCGAUAACAUCUACAUAGAUACCAAUGACAUUGCCAGAAAAAUGAAAGAGUGGUUCACCCUGAGAAUCAGUACCCGGUCCUUCUUCGCUGUACAUGUUCUAGGAACAGGACGAAACCGUUUGCGCAAGCUUCUCACCGUCCCACGGCCAUUCAAUUCUUUGAAGGCUGGAAAGGAAUUGUACAUCAAAAUGUACAAUUGGUUGAAACUGUCAGAAGAUGUGAAAAAAGAAAUUUUGUCGGUAGUUGGAAUGAACGAUGAAAAGUCAAAGAAGAUUGCCCAAGGGCCAGAAGGCGAAGAGGAGGAGUACGCAUGUCCAAAGAAGAUCUCCCGGAAACGCGAAGUUUCACACCAUUCGGAGACAUCUUCCUACUCAUUAUUGUCUCCUGACUCAUUCCUUCACACAUCGAUCACCGCUGAGACACUCAAUGCCUUCAUCAACAAACAAGUCGAUUAUGUUGACACCAAAAAGAUCUCCAAUUUGAUCAAGGAUUGGCUCAAGGAAACCCAAGCGACUCAGGAGUGGUUUGCCACGAAGAUUUUGGGAAGAUGCAGAAAGACACUCAACCAAUGCCUGAAUAAUCCAAGGGAGUGGAAAAAUUUGACCCAAAAUAAAGGAAUCUUCGUAACGAUGCACAAUUGGAUGUGUUUGACGAAGGAGAACAGACACGAGAUUAUGAGAGUUUACAAGGCGCCGAACAUGAACUCUCACUAA